AUGGCUGCGAGACCACGCCUUAAUUCUUACAAACGCACCGCCCCCUCCCGAGCUCCCUUUUGGAUGCUCAGCUGGCUAACCUGCUUAUUCCUGAAGAAUGUGCAAUGUGCGUUCUAUACGGACUCUGCCAGAACAUGGCUGCCGAGGGCUCAAACGACGCAAGAAACGGUUUCCCUUCAUGAUUUCGUCCCUAGUGCGUUGUCGGAAUCUCGUCCCACCAGCGACAUCAGAACGCUUCAGCCGCCUGAAUUGGAUUACCUUAACAAUAUUGUUGAUCUUGUCAACGCCCCAUGGCCGGAAUCUCAUCCCUUUCCCCGUGAUAACAUUGACAACACGCUUCCGCCACCUCAAUCGGUUUACUUUCAGGAUACUUUCAACUUCGCCAAACGUCCACGCCCGGAAUCUCAUCCCAUUCACCUUGGCACCAACACACAUCCACCACCUGUUCAACAAGAGCGGCAAAUCGACCUAGAUGAACUCGGCACCCCAGUGAUGAAAAAGAUGAAAACCUCAAGCGGGGUUGAUGAUCCUCCAUUUGAAAUCGUCAAUUCUAAGCGGCCAGGGGAAAGUGACAGACAACUGGUAUUCGAAGCCAUCCGAAGUUUGAAAAAAACCAACGGGAUCAGAUUAAUUGGUAACGAACGGGAAGGCCAAUACAAGAUGCUUGAGAUAAGGGAGGAUCAAAUUAGCAACUUCCUUUUUCGAGUGGAAAAGAGAGGAAGAAGCCUAGACCCCUUUCUUCAAAUUGGCAUGGUUAGGCCACCAGGAAUGGAACCGAAAGAAUUCAACCGAAAACAGCAAGACAGAAGGUGGAGUGCUGUGUCACUAUUCAUGAAGGAAGCCAACAACAGGAAGAAGAAAGUGUGGUCGCUCUACACUGAUCGUGUUAUCCCGCAGUUCGAAAAUCUGACGAAGCAGCUUGAAGAAAAAAUUAGCAGGACAUACUCUGGAUCACAGGAGACAUACUUACUAGACGACUUGGAACGCACCCUGCAAAUACUACCUGUCUACUUGUUCCACGUCGAUUUAAUCAAUACACUCAUUCCAGCUCAAGAGGUGAAGACCAAAGGUGCGACUACAUUGCAAUCGCAGAGGCAAGCAGCUGGGGAGCAGUUUUUUAAGUACAUAAGCGAACUUAUUGAACACCCAUGCCUGAUAGAAGGAACAGCUCGUAGAAAGGAUAGAUUAAGAUUGUACACAAAGAACUUAGGUAAAAAAAACGUUAUUCCUGGCUUUUAUUGGACCAUCAUAGAGAAAUGGAUCAAUUCCUCAAGAACUUCAUUAGCAUCUGAAAUUUCUACUGGUUCUAACAAAGACGAAUUACCGCACACUUUGAAGUACUUGAUCAAUGAAAUCUUCAGCUGUUAUGUAGAACAGUUCUCUCACAAGCCCAUAAUUACUCUUCAUUGA